GCAGACGCGGGCGCGAGCUGGCGAGUUAUGGCCGAUGGAACGGCCUGAAGGCAUGCCAGUAAUACAAUCGCUAGAGGUCAUGUGCGGGAAGGAUCACAUGGACGUCCAUCUCACGUUCUCUCACCCCUUCGAAGGCAUUGUCUCGUCAAAAGGUCAACAUGGUGACCCCAGAUGUGUGUACGUGCCGCCGUCGACGGGACAGACGUACUUCUCAUUUCGGAUCGCGUACGCCAAGUGUGGCACUAAACCAGACCUCCACGGGCAGUUCUAUGAGAACACGGUGGUAGUACAGUACGACAAGGACCUGCUCGAAGUAUGGGAUGAAGCGAAGAGAUUGCGUUGCGAAUGGUUCAACGACUACGAGAAGACCGCUUCCAAACCUCCCAUGGUUAUCGCUGAUUUGGAUGUUGUGCAGCUGGACUUUAGAGGUGACAACGUGGACUGCUGGAUGGAGAUCCAAGCAGGAAAAGGUCCUUGGGCGGCUCCUGUAUCCGGCAUCGUCCCUUUAGGGUCCACCCUAACGCUGGUGGUCGCCAUCAACGACUAUCGAGGUGAAUUCGACAUGCGAGUGAAGUCAUGUGCUGCGUCAGAUGGCUCAGGCCAUGUGAUUCAGCUGUCAGAUGAAUAUGGAUGCGUGCUACGACCCAAGAUGAUAUCACGGUUCCUCAAAGCCAAAGCGGUAGAUGAGAGAGCAACAGUCAUCACCUACGCUUUCUUCCAUGCCUUCAAAUUCCCUGAUGCUCUAAGCGUCCACAUCAGGUGUAAGGUUGAGAUCUGCAGACAUGGCUGCCUGGACCAUUGUCAACUGGCUGGUGUAACUCCUCAAAGACAUGCUGCAUUGGACAGAAAAGAUGAUAGAACACACCAGGACCAUAAUGAGAUCAAUGACUCAUCAGCUGAAGACGGCGGUUUAUCAGAUCUGUCAGAGGAAGCCCGUCUUCCACUAGAAGAAGCCUUCGGUGAUGAAGUAUCUGGCGAUGUUGUUUUGGCUCCAGCUCCACUACCACAAAGAGCACCAGCACCUGUUAUCGAACCUGAAACAGAUCACAUGUCUGCUGUUGAAGAACUAGUUGAGGCUCUUGCUAGGCCUUUCACUGAUCGUCCAACGAACAUUGACCGAGAACGUUUCCCUCAUGGACCUCGUAACCUUGGCACUAACAUGAGUCCCGAACCUUCUGGCGAUGGAGUAGUUCCAGCCAAGGCACCAGGCCCAGCCGUAGCUGGUCCUAGGUCUCUUCGUAAACGACGAACCGUUCGAGACGCUAGGUCUGCUGAUGUUGGUGUUUCGGGAAUAUACGAAGUAGUCUCCGAAGCUGAUUUGGCUUUUGGCCCAUCAAGAACUGAACCUGUUACUGUGUUUAGUGGACGGAUUCGUGAAGAGGUUGUCUACGGAAUUUGCAUGGGUGCUGUUAGCUUCGGCGCCCUGUUUGCUUCGGCCGCUGGAGCUGCAGCGGGUGCGGCAUUGGCUGCAGCAGUUUUGCUCCAGAAACUUCGUUCACGGAUGGCAGUCCAACCUCCAAUCCCAGUAUCUCCGGCACCAGCUUCGCACUCUCUAGCCGCGUGGAUGGCUCUCAGACUCCUCGGCUCACAACCCCAUCCACACCACUCCCGUGAUGGUUGA